CGGCUGCGCGCGUGCGCGGUGCCGCCUUCCCUCCCACACACCUACGCACGCACACGCAUACGGGCGGAAGGCAGGGCCCCGCUCGGCCGCGCGCCGCUGUUCCCCUCCCCCCAGGCCCCUCCGCGCGCCCACCGGUGUCGGGCGGGCGGGCCCUGCGCGGGGAUGGCGGCAUGGAGGCACGGCGGGACGGCGGGACCGGCACCGGGACCGGGAUCGGGAUCGGGAUGGCGGCCGGGGCUGGGCGCGGCGCUGGGCGCGGCGCUGCUGGCGAGGCUGGGCCUGGUGCUCUACGGCGUGCGGCAGGACGGGGCCGCGCGGGUGCGGUACACCGACGUCGACUACCGGGUCUUCACCGACGCGGCGCGGCUGGUGGCCGAGGGGCGGUCGCCCUACCGGCGGGCCACCUACCGCUACACGCCGCUGCUGGCCUGGCUCCUGACCCCCAACGUCUGCUUGGCCGAGGCCUUCGGGAAGCUGCUCUUCGUGGCGGGGGACCUGGCAGCUGCUCUCGUCGCCUACCGGGCCCUGCGGCGCCGAGGGGUCGCCGCCGGCCAGGCCUGCGGGUGCUGCGCCGCCGCCUGGCUCCUCAACCCCCUGCCCAUGGCCAUCUCCAGCCGGGGCAACGCGGAGGCCCUGGUCGCGCUGCUGGUCCUCGCCACCCUCUACUUCGUGGAAGGGGGUAGUGUGGCCAAGGCCGCGGUCUGCUACGGGCUGGCCGUGCAUCUGAAAAUAUACCCGCUGACCUACGCGCUGCCCAUAGCGCUCCACCUGCGGAGCAGGCGGGGUGGCGGGGAAGGGGCAGCGGAGGCCGGGUGUGACAAAAAAGCAAAGUUUACGUUUGUAAGGUACCUCUGGGAGCUUUUUGUAAAGGUGCUGAACCGUGAUGUGCUGCUUUUUGGAACGGUUGCCGGAUCCGUGCUGGCUGCCUUGACUGUCGCAUUUUAUCGCCUCUACGGCUGGGAGUUUUUGGAGCAUGCCUACCUCUACCACCUGACCAGGAGGGACAUCCGCCAUAACUUCUCUCCCUAUUUCUACAUGUUGUACUUAACAGCAGAGAGCAAAUGGAGUUUUGCCCUUGGGCUUGCAGCUUUCCUGCCCCAGCUGCUUUUGCUCCUGGUUGUGUCCGUAGCAUUUUACAGAGACCUUGCUUUCUGUUGUUUCCUACACACGGCUAUUUUUGUCAGUUUUAACAAAGUAUGCACAUCCCAGUAUUUUGUCUGGUAUCUCUGCCUGUUGCCCCUCAUAAUGCCUAGUCUUAAAAUGUCCUGGUGUCGUGGUGCGCUGCUUCUCUUUCUGUGGUUUGUUGGACAAGGCCUGUGGCUGGCUCCUGCGUAUUUUCUGGAGUUCAAAGGAUACAACACCUUUUUACUUAUAUGGUUGGCAGGCUUGCUUUUCCUUUUUAUUAAUAGCCUCAUAAUCGUUCAGAUUAUUUCACAUUAUCAAAAAGAAGCACAAGGUUCAAAAAAACUCAAACAACAGUAAUAAACAGGCCGAAAUCCAGAAACGGCAUUACUGUCUUUAACAAGGCUUUUCAUACCACUAGCACUUUGAUAUAAAUGCAUGCACAUUGCCCUAGAGCAUGUUGUAUGCAAACUGGGCUGUGAGGGCACUGACUGGCCUUAAUUGCCCUGAGCAGCCCCGAUCCUGCCCUGAGCAGUGUCCGCAGAUGCACCUGUCUCCUGUGUGGACCCUGAAACUGCUGUAACCUCUCCAGCCCUUAACUCCUGCUGCCCCUGGUGGGAAUCCCCAGAAGGACCCUGGACCAGUUCAUCACCUGACACGUUUGUGGCUGUGAUGGACCAGCACCCAGCUCCGCCUGCCAUCUCCAGACACGGUGUGACUCUGCCCAGGUCAGCGAGGGUGCGGCCUGUGCCAGGGUCACCCUCAGCUCCCGCUUGUACCCCCGCGUGGAGCAGCACCGAUCAUCUUACUCCCUGACACCAAUUUUUUCAUUGUUACUCUGAUCCUUUACUUGUCGAGGAUUUUGGCCUCUCUAGAAAAACAGAUUAUAAAGGGAUAUUGGGGUUUGACAGUCUUGUACAUUCCAGUAAGUGGGUGGGGUGUUUUGCGAGGGUUAAGAUGGUGAAUAAAUACAAGGCAAUCACUUAAUAUGGA